GUGAUGUCUGACUGUGUCGCUCAUCACUAGAAGCACGCAGCAUAAGCAAAUCGUCUUUGUAACCCAACGGACCCAAAUUAAUUUCACGGACGGGGACGGCGACACUGAAUGCACCUGCGAGUGUGUUUGUCCGCCAUUGGAGAAACCCUUUUUCCUUUUCUUCAAUACCACUCCACUAUUCUUAAAUCUCAUUCGCCUUCGCCAAUCACGUACAUUAUUCACACACCCCCAGCCCAGCUUGAACCUUAACCUGUCCUCACCCGUCCCUUCAAAUUCCAACUUCAUUUCGCUUUCCUUCCUCCCAAUGUCAGAUCCGAGGGAGAUCUCGUUCGCCGGAACCUUCGUUUCCAGUGCUUUCGCCGCUUGUUUGGCCGAGCUCUGUACUAUUCCUUUAGACACUGCUAAAGUUAGGGUUCAGCUCCAGAAGAAAACUAAUAUUGAGGAGGGAGCACAUGUUCCUAAAUACAGGGGUAUGUUGGAUACUGUUGCUACUAUUGCUCGAGAAGAAGGUUUAGAAGCCCUUUGGAAAGGUGUUGUACCUGGAUUGCACCGUCAGUUUCUGUAUGGAGGCUUAAGGAUUGGAUUAUAUGAACCUGUCAAGGCCUUUUUUGUUGGCAGUGAAUAUGUUGGAGAUGUUUCUUUGUUCCAGAAGAUAGUUGCUGCUCUGAUUACUGGUGCACUAGCAAUUGUAGUGGCUAAUCCAACUGAUCUUGUGAAAGUUCGACUUCAAGCUGAAGGUAAUUUGCUUCCUGGAGUACCCAGGCGCUAUUCUGGAGCCUUGAAUGCUUAUUACACCAUAAUAAAGCAGGAAGGACUGGCAGCUUUAUGGACAGGGCUCGGGCCUAACAUUGCACGAAAUGCUAUUAUAAAUGCUGCAGAACUAGCUAGCUAUGCCCAAGUGAAAGAGACAAUUUUGAAAAUUCCAGGGUUCACAGACACUAUUUUUACCCAACUGCUUGCUGGGUUAGGAGCAGGAUUCUUUGCAGUCUGUAUCGGUUCUCCUGUUGAUGUGGUUAAAUCUAGAAUGAUGGGGGAUUCUAUCUAUAAAAGCACCUUUGAUUGUUUUAUCAGAACUUUGAAGACUGAGCAGGGACCCCUCGCCUUCUACAAGGGAUUCCUUCCAAAUUUUGGUCGCCUUGGAAUGUGGAAUGCGAUCAUGUUUCUAACUCUGGAGCAAGCCAAGAAAUUCUUUGUAACCGUGGAUUAAAUAAGAUGGCUUAGUUGAUCAAAUUUGGCGGCGCGCAGACAGCAGCUUGUGUUUCUACCAACCCACAAGAUAUUAUUUGCAGGAAUGGUCGGUUAAUUCGGCAGAGUUAUGUUUUUAUUGUUCUACAGUUGGAAGUUGGAACUGGACUUGAGACAUUUCAUAUCAUUGAGAAAAUAAAUGAGGUAUUAUUUUUCUUACGGGUACUUAUG